ACACUUGCUGGAGGACACACAUUUGGUACAUGCACACCUGUUAAAGACUGAGUGAAAACCAUGAGGAAAUUGUUUAAACUUACACCGAGUGCAGAUAAAAAAGCCGUUCAGGAUGGAGAAGAAAAAAAAGAGGAAAAUACACUAAGUGUUGGAUACUUUCAGCUGUUUCGGUUUGCCACCUGGAAGGAUACAGCGAUGAUGGUGGUGGGCAGUUUGUGCGCCCUAGUGCACGGAGCGGCUGCACCUCUCAUGCUCCUGGUGUACGGUAUGAUGACCAACACAUUUGUGGCCUAUGAGCUGGAGGUACAGGAGCUUAAAGACCCAAAUAAGGAGUGCAGAAACAACUCAAUACACUGGCUCAAUGGCUCCAUCUAUGAAACUCCUGACAACAACACUGUUUACUGUGGGGUGAAUAUUGAAGCCCAGAUGACCAUGUUUGCAUAUUACUACAUCGGCAUUGGAUUAGGUGUUCUGCUGGUUAGUUAUUUUCAGAUUGUCUUCUGGGUGUCGGCAGCUGCGAGACAAACUCAAAGGAUCCGCAAGACUUAUUUCAGGAAGGUUAUGCAGAUGGAGAUCGGCUGGUUCGACUGCAACUCCGUGGGUGAACUGAACACGAGGAUUUCAGAUGAUAUCAACAAGAUCAACAAUGCUAUCGCUGAUCAGGUGUCCAUCUUCAUUGAGAGGCUGUCUACGUUUGCGUUUGGCUUCAUGGUUGGGUUCAUCGGUGGCUGGAAGCUGACGCUGGUGGUCAUAGCAGUGAGCCCACUUAUUGGUAUAGCUGCUGGACUGAUGGCCACGGCCGUGGCCAGACUGACAGGACGAGAGCUGAAGGCCUACGCCAAGGCAGGAGCUGUGGCUGAUGAGGUCCUGUCAGCAAUCAGAACAGUCGCAGCUUUUGGUGGAGAAGAAAAGGAAGUUGAAAGGUACGACAGAAACCUCGUCGAAGCUCAGAACUGGGGUGUGAAAAAAGGCUCGAUCAUCGGAGUGUUUCAAGGAUACCUGUGGUGCAUCAUCUUCCUGUGCUACGCUUUGGCCUUUUGGUACGGAUCAAAACUCGUCAUUGACACAAAGGAGCUGACUCCUGGGAGUCUCAUUCAGGUUUUCUUUGGAGUACUCAUGGCAGCCAUGAACCUCGGUCAGGCCUCUUCAUGCCUGGAGGCGUUUGCUUCUGGUCGAGCAGCAGCAAAGACUAUAUUUGAAACUAUUGACAGGGAACCAGAAAUUAAUUGUUUCUCAGAGGAAGGCUUCAAAUUAGAUAAAGUCAACGGUGAUAUUGAGUUCCACAAUGUCACCUUCUUCUAUCCUUCUCGGCCUGAAGUUAAGAUUUUAGAUAAUCUGAGCAUACAGAUCAAAGCAGGAGAAACCACAGCCUUCGUUGGACCGAGCGGAUCUGGAAAAAGCAGCACAGUCCAACUCAUCCAAAGAUUUUACGACCCAAAGGAAGGAACGGUGACUUUAGAUGGCCAUGACAUCCGCAGUUUAAACAUUCAGUGGCUCCGCUCUCUCAUUGGUAUUGUGGAGCAGGAGCCGGUUCUGUUCGCCACCACUAUUGCAGAGAACAUACGAUACAGUCGGCCUGGGGUCAGCAUGGAAGACAUUAUGCAGGCAGCAAAGGAGGCCAACGCUUACAACUUUAUUAUGACUCUACCACAGAAAUUUGACACACUGGUUGGUGAGGGUGGAGGCCAGAUGAGUGGAGGACAGAAGCAGAGGAUUGCUAUCGCUCGAGCUCUCGUCCGAAAUCCCAAGAUCCUGCUGCUGGAUAUGGCCACAUCUGCCCUGGACAAUGAGAGCGAAGCUGUGGUCCAGGAAGCUCUGGAUAACGUACGAGCAGGCAGGACAACAAUCUCCAUAGCCCACCGGCUUUCCACCAUCAGAAAUGCAGACGUCAUUGUUGGUUUUGAGCAUGGACAGGCUGUGGAGAGAGGAAAACACAAAGAGCUGCUAGAAAAACAAGGAGUCUACUUCACCCUCGUCACCCUGCAGAACCAAGGCUCAUCCAGCGCAGCUAAAGAUGUGAUCAGUGAAAGUGAAGACGAUUUUGAUAUUAAAGUGGAAAGUUUUCGGCGUGGAAGUUGCAGGUCCAGCAUAAGGAGCUCCAGUCGACUACGAUCUCUGAGCAAACUGUCAAACGACUUUGUCCCGGAUGCGCUAUCAGGCAGCCUCAGGAUCCCGUCAGAUGUGCAGCUCAUUCCAGAAGAUACACCAGAGGAGGAUGCAGACGAAACAGAGGAAACUGCUCCGGUCCUACGCAUCCUGAAGUACAACAAGCCUGAAUGGCCCUACAUGCUGCUGGGCUCCCUGGGAGCUGCAGUCAAUGGCUCUGUUAACCCCAUCUAUGCAAUCCUGUUCAGCCAGAUUCUUGGGACUUUUGCCAUUCGUGACUUGGAUGAGCAGCGGAAGCAGAUCAACAGCAUAUGUGUGCUGUUUUGCAUCGUCGCUGUGAUUAGUUUCUUUUCACAAUUCCUGCAGGGAUAUGCGUUUGCUAAGUCUGGAGAGCUGCUGACCCGCCGUCUGAGGAAAGUGGGCUUCCAUGCCAUGUUGAAGCAGGAGAUCGGUUGGUUUGAUGACCCCAGAAACAGUCCUGGAGCUUUGACCACCAGACUGGCCACGGAUGCAUCCAUGAUCCAAGGGGCAACAGGUUCUCAGAUUGGCAUGAUUGUGAACUCGUUGACCAGCAUAGGAGCCUCAUUCAUCAUUGCCUUCUACUUCAGCUGGAAGUUGACACUGGUGAUCAUGUGCUUCCUACCACUCAUCGGGCUGUCUGGUGUGUUCCAAGCCAAGAUGCUGACAGGUUUUGCAAAUGAAGACAAAAAAGCUAUGGAGGCUGCUGGUCGGGUAUCUAGUGAGGCUCUUACCAACAUCAGGACCAUUGCAGGACUGGCCAAAGAGAGCUCAUUUGUGGAAACAUAUGAGCAAAAACUUGAGCUUCCAUAUCGGUCUGCUAAAAAACGAGCAAACAUCUAUGGGGUCUGCUUUGGUUUUGCUCAGUGCGUCAUCUUCAUGGCAUAUGCCGCGUCUUUUAGAUAUGGAGGCUACCUGGUCAGAGCUGAGGGCUUACAAUACAUGCUGGUUUUUAGAGUGAUUUCAGCCAUAGUGAUCAGUGGGACAGCACUGGGACGAGCUUCUUCUUUCACUCCGGAUUACGCCAAAGCCAAAACUGCUGCUGCUCAAUUUUUCAAACUGUUGGAUAGAAUUCCAAAAAUCAACAUGAGCCCCUCAGAUGGACAGAAAUGGGAGAACUUUAGAGGCAAAAUUGAGUUCCUUAACUGCAAGUUCACCUACCCAACACGGCCAGACGUUCAAGUGCUGAAUGGUCUGCUUGUUUCUGUGAAGCCUGGUCAGACUUUGGCUUUCGUUGGGAGCAGCGGGUGUGGGAAAAGCACCAGCGUCCAAUUACUGGAAAGGUUCUACGAUCCAGAUGAGGGGCAAGUGUUGAUCGAUGGCCGCCCGUCUCAUGCUGUCAGCGUGCCCUUCCUGAGAUCUCAGAUUGGUAUAGUUUCACAGGAGCCAGUUUUGUUCGACUGCAGCAUAGCUGAGAAUAUUCAGUACGGGGAUAACACUCGCAAAAUCAGCAUGGAAGAGGUUGUGGAGGCUGCAAAGAAAGCCAAUCUUCAUGACUUUGUGAUGACCCUGCCAGAUAAAUAUGAGACUCAGGUUGGUGCCCAGGGGUCCCAGAUGUCAAGAGGACAGAAACAACGAGUUGCCAUCGCCAGGGCUAUUGUCAGGAACCCUAAGAUCCUUUUAUUAGAUGAGGCUACCUCUGCCCUGGACACAGAAAGUGAACAGACUGUGCAGUCUGCUCUGGAUGAGGCAAGAAAAGGGCGAACCUGCAUCGUCAUCGCUCACCGACUGUCAACCAUUCAGUCUGCUGACAUCAUCGCUGUGAUGUCACAGGGCGUCGUCAUAGAACAAGGCACGCACAAGCAACUCAUGGCUAAAAGGGGCGCCUAUUACAAACUGGUCACAACGGGAGCUCCUAUUAGCUGA